UUCUAUGUGAGUGGAGAAGACAGUUGCUGCAAGUAGAAGUGACACAAUAUUUUUUUAGGAUGUCUGAAGAUGAAGAAAAAGUGAAAUUACGGCGUCUUGAACCAGCUAUCCAGAAAUUCAUUAAGAUAGUAAUCCCAACAGACCUGGAGAGGCUAAGAAAGCACCAGAUAAAUAUUGAGAAGUACCAAAGGUGCAGAAUCUGGGAUAAGUUGCAUGAAGAGCAUAUCAAUGCAGGACGUACAGUUCAGCAACUCCGUUCCAAUAUCCGAGAAAUGGAGAAACUUUGUUUGAAGGUCCGAAAGGAUGACCUAAUACUUCUGAAAAGAAUGAUAGAUCCUGUUAAAGAAGAAGCAUCAGCAGCAACAGCAGAAUUUCUUCAACUCCAUCUGGAAUCUGUAGAAGAGCUUAAGAAACAAUUUAAUGAUGAAGAAACUUUAUUACAGCCUUCUUUGACCAGAUCCAUGACUGUUGGUGGAACAUUUCACACUGCUGAGGCUGAAGCCGAUCCUCAGAAUAUGACUCAGGUAUAUGCGUUGCCUGAAAUUCCUCGAGAUCAAAAUGCUGCAGAAUCAUGGGAAACCUUAGAAGCGGACUUAAUUGAACUUAGCCAACUGGUCACUGAUUUCUCUCUCCUAGUGAAUUCUCAGCAGGAGAAGAUUGACAGCAUUGAAGACCAUGUCAACAGAGCUGCUGUGAAUGUUGAAGAGGGAGCCAAAAACUUGGGGAAGGCUGCAAAAUACAAGCUGGCAGCUCUGCCUGUGGCAGGUGCACUCAUCGGAGGAGUGGUGGGGGGUCCGAUUGGCCUCCUUGCAGGCUUCAAAGUGGCAGGAAUUGCAGCUGCACUUGGUGGUGGGGUGUUGGGCUUCACAGGUGGAAAAUUGAUACAAAGAAAGAAACAGAAAAUGAUGGAGAAGCUCACUUCCAGCUGUCCAGAUCUUCCCAGCCAAACUGACAAAAAAUGCAGUUAAAAACCAAACUUCAGUAUUAUUGGCACCAAUAUGUUUAUCCUAAUGAGGACCUUUGCUACUGUUGGACACUCAGUCAGCUUUUGGAACAUGAUUAUGUCAAGAUAGUGGCUGUAGAUGCUCAAAUGGGAUUGAACUGUGAUAAGUGGAUAUAUCUUUUUGUUUGCUGGAGUGUUAGUGGAGAUGUUAGAGAUUGAGGAGCCUGGGUUGAGGGUGUGUAAUGUUGUCAGGUAAAGUUUAAGGACUGCCAGGGAGCAGAUUUUUGCCUGGAAAUGUGAAAAAUGAAUUUAUAACUUUGAUAAGGACUUGAGAUGUAUGGAUAUGAUGGAUUAUGGAAGACUAGUCUAUUCCAUAACCCUGACUUGGAGACCCUAAGGCUAAGUGUAUUCUGAAUAUGCUUAUUUAUCUCCUAAAUAUAGGAGGUUAUUUAGGCCUGUUAACAAAGAAAAGAAUGGGGAGUUCAGGAGCCUUUCUUAUCAAAUAAGGAAAUCAGGAUCUAGUAAGGGGCGCAGGUGAACUACAGAAUGGAGUCCAUUUGGUGAACCCUAUUACAGUUUGGUCCACCUGUGUUUUCUGGUGAAGGACACUAAUAGUGUAAGAAAAAGGAAAGAGAGGUACAACUACUCUUUGAGAUACCUUAAUUUGUGACACUGGCUUCUUCUCUGAAUUUCUCCUUCUGUCUCUUUAAAUAAAGAACACAGAAUCUCAAGUGAUAGGGGACUAUUAAGCCAGUCACUAAGCUUGGUCUGUCAGCCUGUCUCUUAACACCUCAAAGAUCUAGUGCCCUCUGCCUUCCCUGCCUUGUAAUUCUGCAAAGUUCUUUGGCUUGUGGGGUGAAUUCUACCCAUGUGUAAUGAGGACUUCUCAUAAUCUGCUUUCUUGUAUUGUCUCCCAUGUCUGUUCAUCUUUUCCUGUAACCUCUAGGUUAAAGAGAGAAAGGAAGAGAAAGCUCCAAAUAUUUCCAACAUUGUUAGAGUGUGAGGUAAAAAAAUAAGCAGAAGACAGGGGGACACCAGCUCAUUUCUUGGGGCAUCUUAAAAUUUCAAGAGACUGAUGUACGGGGCACACAAGGAAUCUCUGACCCUAAGUCUUUUCAGCUGGCCCUUUGGGGAGCUAAGAACUAGCUUUCUACCUCACUUCUGUUACUACCAUCCUUUCCCCAGGCUUUGCUGUCUCUAUGCUUUGCUUUACUUUUCACAGCUGUUAUUUCUUCCUAAGAAUGGCAUUCUUGCUAGUCUUUUCUCACAUUGAAGCUGAUAGACAAAGCCUGGUGCCAAGACUGAUCCUGAUGAAGGAUUUGUGGUGCUAACCCCAACACUUGACAUUGAUAGCAAGCAUGGCCCAGCCCAAUCCAGUGUCUAUCUCAAAUAGCCAAAACAGGUAGCCUCAUCCUGUACCCCCAAUUCAUUUGAAAUAGGAAGGAGCCACCUUUUGCCUUAAUCUUUACCGUUUUCUGAGAGCAGAGAAAUGGGCACCUUUACCACAAAAUGUGUGAGCUCAGGAGCCAAACAGAUUCCUCAGGUGAUUGAAUGGUUUAUCACUUCUCUCUCGUUGAGUUUACUCUUAAUUUGUAUUGUUUGUUUGCUACCUUUUACUUCUUUGUCUAAUGUAGAUAGACCUUUCUCUCACACUUUUUUGACUCUCACCAAUGAAGUCUAAUGAAGAGAAAGCACCGUUUCUUACUGGCAUUAAAUAACUGGAAAAUAUCAAGUAUUGCUAUCUGCUGACUUGUAUCUUCAGUAUGAUGCCAGAAAGGAAGUGCUUUGAAUAAGUGUCAGAUUCUGAUGCAGUAUUUGAUACUGGAUACCUGUAAGGUUAGGGUAAUUAUUUUGGAACUCCACCCUUUUAAAUAUUUUCUGAUCUUUGCUGUCCUUUAACACAGAGUAUUCAAACCAGAACGAGGACUCAUCCAGAGUGCUUAUUUAAAACAAGAUUGCUAAACUUCAGUCGCAUAGGUAACUCUAACAAUGGCCAGCCAGUCUGGCCUGGUCAGCUAAAAUUAUGAAUUUAAAGUAUAGUUACAUCAAGAUUCAGCCGUAUCAUUGAAUUCUGUAAUUUCCAAGUAUUCUCCCCUUCAAUGUGGCCCAAUCUUCAUUGCUCCAUAUCAUUCUCACUCUGCCAACCCACAACUGGCUACACUUUUUAGCCCACCAUCUUUUUUUUUUUUUUUUAAUGUUGAUUUAUUUUAGAAAGAGAGAAAGACAG